AGUGGGUAUGCUUUUGUCACAGCUCAUUGACAGCUAUAUAAACAGAGGGGUUUAGUGACCUCAGAGGGGAAGAAAAACAUCAACAUGAAAUUGUCCAGUUGCCAGAGGCCAUCCAGAUGCCAACCAAACUGGCCAUAGUUCACUGGCCAGAACACCAAAAAGGCAAAAGCUCCAAAACUCAAGGUAACAACCAUUCAGAUCAAGGUGCUAACGUGGCCACUUUUGGGGAACCAAAACCCCAGACUGUCCUGGGACUAUCUACUAUCCCUUAGUCCCCAUUCUGCCUUGAUAAAGAUAUUCCUGAGUCCGAUCCAGAAAAUAUCAAGUCAUUUUCUAUCUUGGUGGCUUAGGAGAGCUGAAAUGGAUGGUGGAUCUUGUCUGAUAGAAGAAUCUUCGUGCCAAAGUUACUGGGCCAAAACUGGCUAAUUACCUUGCAAAAUGUCAUGUACUUGUCACCUAAGAAAAUCUCAGAACUCAUCUCCCCUCAUGUCUGGAUACCUGGACACAGAGAAAAACUUCUAAGCAUUUCAGACUCCUGCCUGGCCUGUGCCAGGUAAAUGCGAAGAAGGACAUGCUUCCCCCAGGCCAGCGGAGUCAGUUCUACUCUGUUCCUGAAGAGUAUUACAGAGGAGCUUCGACUGUCAAGCCAUGGCUCAGGUGUCAGUGCUGUUCCGUGAUGUGUACAUAGACUUCUCUCAGGAGGAGUGGGAGUGCCUGACUGAGGAGCAGAGAGAUUUGUACAGAGAUGUGAUGUUGGAGAACUACAGCAACCUGCUUUCAAUGGUCCUGGAAUCAAGAUGUGAGGCCCAGAAAUUGUUUUUGAAGAAGGAGCUAUAUGAAAUAGAGUCAGCACAGUGGGAGAUAAUGAGAAAACUCACAAGACAGGACCUUCAGUGCACUAGUCUCAGCGGUGCCUGGGAAUGGAGUGGCCAGUGUACGGGACAGCGUGGAUCUCAGGAGAGACAAUUUAGCGAACUGGUAAUCAUUCAUGAAGACGUGCCCACUCUCAGUCAGUAUCCAUCCUUCAGGCUGCAGCAAAUCCUUAAGAAUAAAGAGAAGUAUUGUGCAAGUAAAGAAAAUAGGAAACUCUAUAAGCAUGGCUCGCAGUUUGCUACCCAUCAAAUCAUUCGCACUAUUGAGAAACCAUACGAAUGUAAGGACUGUGGCAAGACCUUUAGACACCCUUCAGGACUUACUCAUCAUCACAAAAUUCACGCUGGGAAGAAACCCUUUGAAUGUAAGGAGUGUGGAAAAACGUUUAUUUGUGCCUCAGACCUGACACGGCAUCACAGAAUUCACACAGGUGAGAAACCUUAUGAAUGUAAGGACUGCGGAAAAGCCUUUAGUAGUGGUUCAAAUUUUACUCGCCAUCAGAGAAUUCACACUGGUGAGAAGCCUUAUGAAUGUAAAGAAUGCGGGAAGGCUUUUAGUAGUGGUUCAAAUUUUACUCAGCAUCAGAGAAUUCACACUGGAGAGAAGCCUUAUGAAUGUAAGGACUGUGGCAAUGCGUUUAGUCAGAGUUCACAACUUAUCAAACAUCAAAGGAUACACACUGGGGAGAAACCCUAUGAAUGUAAGGAGUGUGAAAAGGCUUUCCGGUCUGGUUCUGACCUCACUAGACAUCAGAGAAUUCAUACUGGAGAGAAACCCUAUGAAUGUAAGAUCUGUGGGAAAGCCUAUUCUCAGAGCUCACAACUCAUCAGUCAUCAUAGAAUCCAUGCAGGUAAGAAAGCCUACAAAUACGAGGACUGCGGAAAGAACUUUAAGUAUGACUCACAGCUUAUUCAGCAUCAAAACUUAUAUUGGUGAUAAACAAAAACAUGUAUGUGAAGAUGCAAAACUAUCAGAGAAUCUACCUUUAAGAUCCCUCUAGGCUGAAGAAUGUAGAAACAGUUUACUUGUUGACCUCAGCUUGUUCAUCUGAAGAAAAUCCAUAUUGGAGAGAUACCCUAUGAAUAUAGUAUAUUCUGGAAGCCUUUUAGUGACUUCCUAUUUCUUUAUUCAGUCUGCAUAUCAUUGAAAACAAUCCUUUGACCUUAAACAUCAGGAUUCAUGUAGCAAUAUAA